AUGGCUGAUAAAAUACCAGGACCACCGCCACUGCCUAUAUUAGGAAAUGCUCUUAAAUUUAUGGUCCAUAACAAAGGUGCAGUAUGGAGGAAACAUCGCAAAAUAGCAACACCAAACUUUGGUAAACAAGCAACGGGAAGUUAUUUUAAUGUAUUUAACAUGGAAGCAGAUAUAUUAUUAGAAAAAUUAAAAGAAAUAAGAUUUGGAGAAGAGGUAGACGUUUACCAGUAUAUUGUUCAGAGCACCAGUUACUCUGUCUGUCGCAAAAUAUAUACGAUAAUAUUCGAAAGAAUGACGAAAUGGUUCAUGCAAAUAGAACCAGUUUUUUGGUUGACCAAAUCAUACCAAGUAGAAAAAGAAUUCGUUUCCCGUACGGAUGAACUCUGUAGUGCUGUUAUAAAACUACGUAUUAACAAAUUGGCAGAUAUAGAUGAGGACAAAUUAAAACUACUAGAUACCGAAAAGGAUUCCUUCAAUAACACAGAAUUGAGUGUUGUGGACAGAUUUAUACUCUCUAGAGAACUUGAUGCUACGGAUCUGAAAUAUGAAAUCUUCACUAUCUUUACAGCUAGUCAAGAAGCAACAGCAAAACUAGCUGCUUCAUUACUAUUGAUGUUGGCGUUUCAUCCGCAAUGUCAGAAAAAAGCUUAUGAUGAAAUUACGAGCGUGUUAAGAAAUAAAAAUAAACCUAUAUCUGAAGAGGACCUAAAGCAGAUGCCGUAUUUAGAAAUGAUUUUCAAAGAGGUUCUUCGGCUGUUUCCAACUGGUGUGGUGCUUCAAAGGAAAAUUAAUGAAGACAUUACAAUAAGUUCAUGUACAUUACCAGCUGGUUCGUCGCUCGUGAUACCGUUAUAUCAUAUGCAUCGAGAUUCAAGGUUUUGGGAAAAUCCAGAGUCUUUCGAUCCAGAGAGAUUUUCCACUGAAAACAUGAAGAAGCGUAAUGCUUAUUGCUAUUUUCCUUUCAGUUUAGGACCUAUGGAUUGUUUAGGUCUGUGUUUAAACGAAGCUUGA